AUGGAGUUUAAGAUUUUGUGCUUGAACAUAAGAGGCAUGAAUGAUUUUGACAAACAAAUUUCAGUCAAAAAUCUGGUGGCGUCUCAGAAAAGUGCAUUUUGCCUACUUCAAGAGACCAAAAUACAAUACAUUAAUGACAACUUUGUUCGUCAAUUGUGGUAUGAUGAUAAUUUCGGUUGGGCUUACAUUCCAUCAACAGGUAGCAGUGGAAGACUUCUUUCUAUAUGGUAUAGUGCAAGAUUUGAGAAGAUUGAUGAAAGGAUUGGUCUAAACAACAUUACGGUGGUAUUUUUUACAAGGAUCAAUGGCUUCAGGUGGGCAUUGACUAAUGUCUACAGCCCGUGUGAGUAUGCUGCUAGAACUGACUUUUGGUUAGACAUGAAUGGGAUUACAAGCUGGUGGAACGACCCUCUUUGUAUAGCGGGAGAUAUGAAUGCAAUGAGAUCAAAUGCUGAGAGGAACAGAGGUGAUGGGGAUAGUAGAAACAAUGCAUUGUUAAAUAACUACAUUCUGGAUAAUGAAUUGAUUGAUCAACCUUUGCUUGGGGGUUCGUAUACUUGGUCGAAUAAUCACGAUGACCCUAUAUUGUGUCGUUUAGAUCGAUUCUUAUUCAUUCAUGCUUUUGAGGAGACUUUCCCUAACGCUCUUCAAGUGGUUUUGACAAGAACCAUAUCAGAUCAUAAUCCAAUCCUUUUAAUUUCAGAAUCGGUGAUGCCUUCUAAAUCGUAUUUUAAACUAGACAGAAUGUGGGUUGAGCAUAAGGAGUUUGUGGAGAAGGUUCAACAGUGGUGGGAUGUGAUGAAUUUCAAUGGUAGUGCAAGCACACAGUUUUUUCUUAAACUGCAGAAUUUGAAGCACUUAAUUAAGCCGUGGAGAUUGUCUGAAUUUGGAAGUGUGGCUAGGGAGAAAGUAGUUCUUACUGGACGCAUACAUGACCUGAAUAUUUUAGAGGAAGAUGGAGCUUUGUCGAGACAACAGUUAGAAGAAAUGACUCAAUUUAAGCUGAAGUUGAAAGGUAUAGAAACAUUGGAAGCUAGAAAGUGGCAGCUAAGGGCUAAGCAAAACGAGUUUAAAUGGGGAGAUUCGAACACAAGAUACUUCGCAUUGCCACUGCAAGAAGGAAACGUAAUACUAUUUCCAAACUUCAAGUUGGUGGGGAUGAUUGUUUUGAUCAAAACAUUAUCAGGGAAGAACUUCGAAGUUUUUAUAUUAAUCUUUUUACUCAAUAAGACGAGGUUAAUUCGUACAUGGAGAAUCUUAAUUUUCCAACGGUUAAAGAGGUAG